UGGGCAAGGAAGGGCGGGAGUGGGCUGGGCAGAAUAGUCUUGCCAUUACCCAACAGCCUAAUGAACAGGUAUGAGAGGCGGUACCGUUGAGCGUCUCUGGCUGGCAAUAACCAUAACUGUACGAUAACUAGUGACGUGAGGCGCGGAGUAUACAUUUUACACAAGGGUAUUAUCAUCACAAGCAGGAAGUGUUGAGGGAAUGGGAAGCGACGUGCGUAGAGGUUCGCGGCUCGCCCCGGCGUCACCCUUCCCUCCACCGCCCAUGACAGAGCUGUGCAGUGGCGCGCUGGAGUUGCCGCGAGCUACUUCUAACGGCGCUGGAGCUGGUUUAUCACCUUGCUGAAUGGGAUCUGUUUAACGGCAUUCCUCUGGACCAAACCCUUGCCUUCUGAGCUAGAGCGGCAGGGUGUAGCGUCAUGGGCAGGCGCGUGCUGCUGAUAUCCUGUGUUCGUACUGUUGCGACCUUCCUCCUCGGGUUCGCCAUCGGGGCUGUCUUCAAUUUGCUAUUCAGUGCCUCUUUGCCGCUCUCUCUCAACUCACCGCCUGCCCCUGGCCCUUGGGAGGCGGGUAUCCAGGAUGUGAUGCAGGGAGAGACUGGACGCGUGCAGGAAACACUUGACAGGCAGCAGAUACUACCACAACUACCACCAUUGCUGCAACUCGGAGAGGCUCCCGAGUCUCCCCGUGUGCUGUGCUACGUCCUGGUGGGGCCAAGCACUCACCGCACCGCCGUCCACGUGAAGAACACCUGGGGGCAGAGAUGUGACCGCCUCGUCUUCUUCAGUACAGCAAAUGAUACAAGCCUUAAGCCAGACGUGUUGGAUGUACCUGAGGGCUAUGGGUACCUGUGGGCGAAAACGAAAGCUGGACUAACUUACCUGCAUGAAAACUACCCGGAUUAUCACUGGUACCUGAAGGCUGAUGAUGAUACCUAUGUUAUCAUCGAGAAUCUUCGCUACUUCCUCCAAGAACGUGAUCCGAACCUGCCUGUGUAUUAUGGAGUCAAGUUUCGGCGUUUUGUGAAACAGGGGUACAUGUCGGGCGGCGGUGGGUACGUGCUGAGUCGAGAGGCCCUGCGCAGGUUCGUGACGGAAGCCCUGGCAAUCACUGACCAGGCUAAGUGCGCCACCAGGUCCGCGAAAGGCUCCGAGGAUCUGCAGCUGGGCCAGUGUUUGGAGAGCGUCGGGGUGGCGGCGGGGGACAGUCUGGACGAGAUGGGACGCUCUAGAUUCUUCUCCCACGGCCCGCAGUCUUUGUUCUUCAAGCAGCCUCUCAUCAACAGGCUGCACUGGUACUGGCACUACAUCUGGCACCCACACACUGUGGGGCCAGAUUGCUGUAGCCGCCACAUCAUCUCCUUCCACAACAUUGACCCUCGCAUGAUGUGGGUACUGGAGACGUUACUGUAUCGCCUGCACAUACACAGGGACCUUCAGCCUCCGGGCCUCAAUACAUCCACUUCCUCGUUGCCUCCCCCCGUCACAUCCACCCCUACAUCAUGAGUUCCUAUCCCAUCACCAUUAACUCGUAGAAUCUCGGUUAGAGUGACUUUUCAGUGACAUUCCAUUCCAUUCCAUUGUUGGUCUGAGAUUGUUAACUUUAGAGGUCCAGAUUCUGAAAUAAUGUGUUGGGGCCUUACGAACAUAAGAACACAAGGGAAGCUGCAGGAAGCCUUCAGACCUACACGUGGCAGUCCCAUUAUGAGACGUACCUUGUAAACUUUAGAGGUCCGAAUUCUGAAAUGUUUUAAGGCCUUACGAACAUAAGAACACAAGGGAAGCUGCAGGAAGCCUUCAGACCUACACGUGGCAGUCUAUUUACGAAACAUAUCUACUUAUUUCCACCUGUCGCCCAUAUCCACAAAUUUGUCUAAUCUUUUAAAGUUUUAACGUGCGACAAACUCUAGUGGAAGUUAUUACGGAUUUCUCGAGCGUGUUUUCGUGAUUUUACUCAGUUUAACGAGGACUGCAUCACCAGGGAAAGAAAAAAAAAAUGAAAAAUGGUCUAAUACUCUCUGUGACCUUUGAAAAUCAUCUGUUGUGAAAUAAUGAACUAUUUUGCGAGGUUUUCAAUUAUGUUUUCGUUUAACAAGAACUGUGCAUCAAGGAGAGAAAACAUCCAUAAAAACUGGACUAAUAAUCUCUUAAGGCCUUUGAUAAUCGUCUAUUAUGAGAUUGAAGUGUAUUAGAAAACGUGCCUUUGCAAGCUACAUAUAUAAACCACCACGUGUGCUAAUUGUGAUGGAAUUCGUGUUAGUUGUGAAAUAUUUUAUCUCAGUGUUGAGCGCGUAUACGUAUAACAGAUAAGAGAGACUAGUAGAAUAGAAUGUGUGAAUGUAUUUGUUUGCGUACUGUGUGUGCUACUGACCUGAUUUAUGAUUUUUGUAAUGCUAGUGUGGAUCAUAAAGAUAAGUUACCCUAGUUAUUUUUGUGGUGAGUUAUGCUGGAUUAAAUUAGGUUAAGUUAGAGUAUUUGAUAUAAUCUAGCUUAAUUCGACCAAAACAUAUAAAUCUAUCUUAUCUAGCUUAACAUACCAUAACUUCAUCCAACUUAAAUUGAUCCAUCUUGUUCCAACUUAACUAAACACAUCUAACCCAACUCAACUUUUCCUAACUGCACUCAUAACCCCUCCUAACUUAACUAACCUAUCCUGACCAAUCCUAACCAUAAUUAAACUAAACCGUACAUUAACCGACCCCCCAAAAAAUAACUGGAGACGAAUAUCAGUAAUACCCAGUUUCUCAAUAUAAAACGAAACAAAAAUAUGGUGAAUGCAUCACUUUAAUAAAUGCAUUAUUUUUGGAACAACGUUUUCUUUUACGUACGUUGUUUCCUAUUACGCGAAUUUUUGUAACGCGGUCUUAUUUUUUUUAUUUUCUUCUAAUGUUUGAAUGAAACGCGAGUGGAGAAUUUUGUAACGCUAUUUUCGUCAAACUCGGUCUUUCUUUUUUUGUAUAACUGAGCGGAAGGCGAGUGGAGAGUCUUGAGGUGCCGUGCCCUUGUUUACACGUGGGAGGUGAAGCCCUUGCAUAAAGAUGAAAGAACCUA